AUGACCACAACUGAACACCCAACCAAACACCAAAAGUUGCCAGAAUCUUUAAAAAUUCAACUACGUUCUCCAGAUGCUACAGUUCCUACCAAGGGCUCUGCAACAGCAGCUGGUUAUGAUAUCUAUGCCUCUAAGGCCAUUGUUAUACCAGCUCGUGGUCAAGGUAUGGUUAGUACAGAUAUUUCAUUCACAGUUCCGGUUGGCACAUAUGGUAGAAUUGCUCCAAGAUCAGGUAUAGCUGUCAAACACGGUAUUCAAACUGGCGCUGGUGUUGUUGACAGAGACUAUACUGGUGAAGUUAAAGUUGUUCUUUUCAACCAUUCCGAAAAGGAUUUUGAAAUUGUUAAGGGUGACCGUGUUGCCCAAUUAAUUCUAGAAAAGAUCGUCGAUGACGCAGAAAUUGUUGUGGUCGAUUCAUUAGAAGAAAGCACAAGGGGUGCAGGUGGUUUUGGUAGUACGGGUAAAUGA